AUGAGCGUCGAGGAGAAACUCGUCACUGAGGUGCCUAGUAGCUUGAAGAAACUGGCGCGUCUUGUUGUGCGUGGAUUCUACACGAUAGAGGAUGCUUUAAUCGUGGAUAUGUUGGUCAGGAAUCCAUGCAUGAAAGAAGAUGAUAUCUGCGAAUUGCUCAAGUUCGAACGCAAGAUGUUGAGAGCCAGGAUAUCAACGCUUCGAAAUGACAAGUUCAUUCAAGUGAGAUUAAAAAUGGAAACAGGCUCAGAUGGCAAAGCACAAAAAGUCAACUAUUACUUUAUUAAUUACAAAACAUUUGUAAAUGUAGUUAAGUAUAAGCUCGACUUAAUGAGAAAGAGGAUGGAAACUGAAGAGAGAGAUGCAACUAGUAGAGCGAGCUUUAAGUGUCCAAGUUGUUUAAAAACAUUUACUGAUCUCGAAGCGGAUCAACUUUUUGAUAUGAGAACGGGCGAGUUUAGAUGUACAUAUUGUCGGGAGAUCGUGGAAGAAGAUCAGUCUGCUCUUCCAAAGAAAGAUUCCAGAUUACUAUUAGCAAAGUUUAAUGAACAGUUGGAACCACUUUAUAUAUUAUUAAGGGAAGUGGAAGGAAUUAAAUUGGCGCCUGAAAUACUGGAACCAGAACCUAUUGAUAUCAACACUAUUCGAGGUAUCGACACGAGAAAACCAAGCAGUCUUAGAGCGCCUAGCGAACAGUGGUCGGGUGAAGCUACCAGAAUGUCGGGCUUCAUGGUGGAAGACACUAGAGUGGACGUUACCAUCGGCGACGAAUCUCCCGAUGACAACGCAUCGAAUCACAGAAAGGAGAGACCCAUAUGGAUGAUGGAAAGUACAAUUAUCAAUUCUGACGGUUCACAGCCUGAUGGCGUGAAUACGCAAGAUAGCAUCUUGGAUAAAGCCGCAGCCACUGCCACAAAUACAACUACGACGAACAAUAAGCAGGGCGAGGACAUCAUGUCAGUGUUGUUGGCUCACGAGAAGAAGGGCGGCACUAAUUCUGCGGCGUCUAUCAAGGCGGCACUCCCACAGGAAUCCAGCGACAGUAGCGAUAACGAGGAGGAUAUGGAAAUGCAAGCGGUUGAUACCGGCGAGAUGGAUGCAAUGGAUUCCGAGGACGAUGAACUAGUACCGACCGUUAGCGUUGGUGGCAAAACCGUUGCGAUCACCGAUGUUAAUGACACCUUGAUCGCGGAAAUGACACCCAUAGAAAAAGAAUCCUAUAUCCAGACGUAUCAAGAAUAUUACUCGCAUAUGUACGACUAGACGAAGACCAACGAGAGUCGUCUUCAUUAAUGCUCUGCAUAAGACUGAUAUUGAUUUGGUAUCGUUGUUUCCUGUAAUAUUUUGUAUAGCCGCAAAAAUAUAUAUAAUUUUCGAUAAUAA